AUGGCACGGAACUCCGUGGACGACUCCGGUGGGUCGCUGGAGCAAAAUGUUGCUCCGAUUUCUCCAGCGGUUGCGGAGCUGAGCCAGCUGUCUAUGCGGCUAGCUGUCUUGCGCCCGGUCUCGCCGUCAUUGCUUGUUAUUAUUGUGCUUCGGCAGUGAAACUUGUCGUUCCUGUGGUUAUAGCGGGUACUUGCUGCUUGUGGUGUUUCCGCGGUGCAAAGGGAUAAGGAUGGAAAAGAAAAGCAACGGGUGGCCAGGUAAGAAGAGCCGAUUUUUCUCGCUACCUAUACAUUGCUGAACAUACAGACAUCGGUUUUCCUGCAGUACUGCAGUGUGAUGACUCGCAACCCGCUCGU